GGUAUGCUGCAAAUAGUAUACUCUACAAUCGCGGACUUUAUCCGGAGGAAAGUUUUGUGAAGGUGAAGAAAUAUGGGCUUCCAAUGUUGCUUACUCAGGAUGAAAGUGUUAAAUCCUUCAUUGCCAACGUAACCGCUCAACUUUCUGAAUGGCUGGAAGCUGGGAAGUUACAAAGGAUUGUUCUUGUAAUAAUGAGUAAGGCCACCAAUGAGGUCCUAGAGAGGUGGAACUUCAGCAUUGAGACUGAUAGUGAGGUUGUUGAGAAGGGUGUCUCGAGGGAAAAGAGUGACAAGGAAAUCAUGAGAGAGAUACAAGCAAUCAUGCGACAGAUUGCUUCAAGCAUUACCUACUUGCCGUGCCUUGACGAAGCCUGUGUUUUUGAUGUGUUGGCCUACACUGAUAAAGAUGUUGCAGUCCCAUUCACUUGGAUUGAGAGUGACCCCAAACUUAUUGCUAAUCCACAAAUGGUCAAAUUGCACUCCUUUGAUACCAAGAUUCACAAGGUUGAUACUCUUGUAUCUUACAAGAAUGACGAGUGGGAUGAGCAGUAGAGAGCAACGAAAGGGAUAAGCAGAAGAGAGAGAGGCUACUCGCCAUUCGCCAUUUGUUUGUGUUACCUCUUUGUGGUUCCUUCUUCGCUUGAGUGGUUAUUGUGAAUCUUCUAUUCACAGUUUGUAAGAAAUGUCCAUUUGUUGUGUGGCUAAUGAAAACAUGGAGAAAAGAAAUAUGAGGUGCGUGCUCUGUUUGUUUAAUUUGCAAUCUCCCAUGUCAGUAAAUCUGCUUUGAAUUCCAUUAUAAUAUUUUUGUGUUAAGGGAA